GCUGCUCAAGGUCGACAGAGUCGGCCGUCAUGACAACUUCUUCAUGCUUGGCGGGCACUCGCUGUUGGCUGUGAGGUUGAUCAGCCAAAUCCGCUCAAGACUGGGAUUCGGCCUCGAGUUGCGGACAGUGUUCGAGGCUCUUACGCUUGAGAAGUUGGCACGGAAACUACAGCAACAGGAUAGCACUCAAGGAGACGCAUUCAGCGUUUUGCUGCCACUCAACCCAAGCGGCAGUCGCUCGCCUUUGUUCUGUAUCCAUCCUGUAUUGGGACUAAGCUGGAGCUUUAUCGGCCUAGCGAAGCAUUUGCAUGCGGAUCAGCCUCUGUAUGGUAUUCAAGCACGCGGGCUCGAUGGAAAAGAGCAACCGGCAUCGACACUGGAGGCCAUGACAAGAGACUACAUUGACCAAAUCCGCCUCGUUCAGCCGCAAGGGCCUUAUAAUCUAUUGGGCUGGUCUUUCGGCGGUACCGUCGCUCAUAGCAUGGCUGUUCAACUUGAGGCACAGGGCCAUAAAGUUGGCUUGCUCGCUUUGAUGGACACAACAGCAGAUUACUCCGUCCUCUCUGAGGACUUGGACGACGGUCAGGAUGAAGAUUCAUACGCUGAUCUUCUUUCUCGAUUCAGUAAUAAGGAUGCACCCGAAGAUGGGCGUGCUCUACUGGAAAAGGCGCGACAUAUCGUCAGGAACAAUAUCCAGCUUGCCAAGGAAUACUCACCCUCUGUCUAUAGUGGCGACUUACUCUACUUCAGUGCUACGGUUCGUGCGGCUGACGACGAGACUCAUGCAGCAGAUCCGGCCGGUUGGGCGCCUUUGGCUCUUGGCAAGGUCGAGGUGCAUAAGGUCAACUGCGCGCAUCUUGAGAUGGACCAGCCCGAGCCGAUAGCAGAGAUCGGACGCGUCAUUUACUCGAAGCUUGAGGAAUUGCAGUAGUGAUAGAUAAUCAAUGCUUUAGUAG